UCUCUCAAUGAGGCACAUUCCAUUCAGUUGGCGCCACUUCUGUUGCCAGGCAAAGAAUGGAACACAGAGAAUCAUGUCCAGAGUGGUUUGUGCAGCAGAUUACAGUAAUUUAUAUCCUCAGUCCCAUGGAAUUGUGUUUAAUUCAAGACUCCAGUCUACAUCGUCAAGCAGAUCGUCAACACGCAGCAGCGUACAAACAUCUGUCAAAUCAUUUUCAACUGCUUCUGUCAGUUCUCUCCCCGAUCCCAUAUUGUCUUCAGCGGAUAUUGAGCAGAUUUUGCUUCAGAAGACAAUUGCAAAAGAAGAUGAACUUAAAAAAGCAUUUCAGACAGUUGACAUUGAUCAGACCCUGAAAGUCACUAAGGGUGAAUUUAAAAGAGUGAUUGAAACAUUCAUUUUACCGCUAACACAAGAACAGUUUGAUGCUGUGCUGGCAAAGAUUCCAGGCUGUACCAAAGUUACUGUUCCCUAUCUUGAGUUCUUGUCGAGGUUCUCUAGGCCAAUCGACAGUCUCCACACAAAGUGGAUUAAUCCCGGAGAUAGCCCGACAAGAACGUUAAGUCAGCUAGAAUGCCUCUUAAGGGAGAAGAUUUCCAAAAAGCUGAAACAUUUUAUCAAGACAUGUAGACUUUUCGACUACAAUCAAAAUGGACAGAUACAGCGUCAUGAGCUGAGAAGAAUUAUUGAGGUCAACUGCUUCAAGAUGACGGAUUGUGAGUAUGAUAAGCUGUGGAACCGCUACUGUGUUUGUCGAACAAAUACGUUGAAUUAUAAAGAGUUCUUGCAGUAUCUUGGCAUAAACAUGGACAAAAAAAAGAAAAGAAUUACUGAAACUCAAGAUUCGGUGCAGAGCCAGAAUGAGCUACCAGAAAAAAAGACAAGCAAUUCAAAGUUACCCUCACCAACUACAGCUGGAUAUAAUUUGACAAAAAUCCAUCUGGAUGACACUGAGAAUAAUUUUAGGGAAAAGCUACGUUCAGUCUAUGAGGAUGUUGUAAAAGCCUUCAGAGCAUUUGAUGUUGGUCGGAGUGGAUUUGUUACUCUGGAAUAUUUAAAAUCAGUCCUUAACACCUUUGUGUUUCCAAUACGAAAUGAUGUUUUUCAAGAGCUAAUGAAUAGAUUUGGAAUAAAAAUUUCCAAAAAUAUGCCUUGGGAGAAAUUUUUAGACAAGUUUCAAGAUCCUAUGACAUUUGAUAGCGGCCAGGCAUCUCCUACAAGAAAACACCACAGAAUAAGAAAGUUGAAUGAAGCUUUGUCGAGUGAUCGUAUUCUGUUAAAGCUGCAUGGACAUAUUCAAGAUGCUUAUUCAUCCCUGAAGAAGGCCUUUCUUUUGCUUGAUAGAAAUCAGGAUGGAAAAAUUACAAGCAAUGAACUCCGUCGCAUUUUAGAUUGUAUCAUGUUCCGAAUAAGUGAUGAUGACUUCCAAGAACUAAUCAAGAUCAUAGAUCCAGAACACACUGGGUAUCUCAGCUACAAUACAUUUUUAAAUCUAUUUGAAGACAAAGAUUCAAUAACAGAUUCAAAAUGGAUUAAUGGUUCAAAGAAGGCUAAAAAGCCAACCAAUGUCCUUGAAGCUUGGAACAUUGCAGAAGAUGUCCUAACUGAACAGAUCAAAGGGUACUGGAAUGAAUUUAGCAAAGCCUUGCAGACAUUUGACCCUCGAAAUAAUGGCAUUAUCAGCAGAAAUAAUUUCCGAAAAGUUCUUCUACUCUACUGUCCCUCCUUAACUGAUGACCAUUUUAUCGCAUUAUAUCAGAAAUAUCAAGAUGAUACUUCAGAAGGGGUCCUAUACAGGAUGCUCUUACAUAGUUUAGGAGUUGCCGACUUGCCAAAAGAAUUAACUGCUUUUGCCAGUACCCCUUCAUCCCGAGGAAAUCAACAGAGAGAAGAGAAAAAGCAGGUGGACCUUUCAGAAAGAAUGAAACAGAUUGAAGACCAUGCCUACAAAUUCACUAAGAAUAGAACUGUUGAUGAAGUAAUUGAAAGGCUGAGGGAUGGUAUCCUGCAGCAGGAAGUUACUGUUAGAGAUGGCUUUCUUGCCUGCAACAAGCAAGCUAGUGGGAAAUUGAGUAAAACUGAUUUUCGCAAGAUGUUGGAAGAUAUUGGGAUGCCAAUGGAUGACGACCAGUUUAAUCUACUAAUUGAGAAAUUAGGAUUCCCAGUUGGCGGGCUGAGUUAUCUUGAUUUUGUGGCAAUAUUUGAAGAUUCCAGACUGAGUGGACACUCUCCAAAUCACCGAGCCAGUGCCAAUGUCAACAAGUGUCACUUCUUGUCUGCUGAAGAAUGCCUCAGCCAGUAUAGCGAUAAGCUGGCAGAAGAAUAUAGGGAUCCAUACAUUGCCUUCCGUAAAAUAGAUAAGAACAAUGAUGGUAUAGUCACCAUGCUUGAUUUCCGAUGCCUCCUGGAUAGCUUUAUGAUCAGCAUGACAGAUGAUGAAUAUGCACGUCUCCUUGGUAUCUUGGGAAUGAAUGUGACCUCUACAUUAAACUACCCGGAAUUCCUUCAGUUGUUCCAAGCACACGCAACCAAAGAGAUGCGCCCUUGGCUCACUCCAUCUUACAAACCCAAACAGAUAGCAGCGGAUGCAGACCUAGCUUGUGAACAAGCUCAUUACCAUCUCAGUAUCAAAGCACAAAGCAGAUGGAACGACCUAGCCGUGCAUUUCCAUGAAUAUGAUAGUGAUGGAAAUGGCCUAGUUCUGAAAAAAGAUCUGAAGGACAUCCUGUAUAGAUGUGGCAUCCCCAUGAAUCCAAAAGAAUUUGAAAAACUCUGGGCAAGGUAUGAUCCGAAUGCAAAAGGUUACCUUACGCAUCAAGAAUUUCUGCAGAAAAUGGGUGUGGAGAAUACAACUCUUGACAUCAGCCUCAAAAGGCCGCUCAUGGCAGACAAUGUGCGCUUUAUGGAUCCUUACAAAAGGGAAGAAAAGAAGCACAUCAACAUCAACAAGAUUAUAAAUAAAAUCAGGGAGAAGUACCAUGAUUGCUCCCAAGAUUUCCACAAGGCUUUCCUACAACAGGAUAAAAAUAGAGAAGGCUGCAUAUCAGUGGGCAGCCUACGCAACUUAUUGGAAGACUUUCAUUGCUGCCUUGGCUAUGAACAGUACAGUGAACUGCUAUACAGCUUAGGAAUUAGCAUACAGGACAACAAGCUCUCAUAUUUUGAUUUUCUAAGAGCUAUUGACGAUCGUGGAGCAUUCAAACGAUGGAAAAGGUCUACUGUGCCACCUGUACCACCUAUUAGCUUUGUUCAACUCAGCAUAGACGAAGCCAUGGCAAAAAUAAAACAGAUAGUCACAUCUUCAUCUGAUUUGUUACACAAGGCCUUUUCUGCUUUUGACAAGGAGCGUACAGGAGCAAUUUCAACUCUUGAUUUCCGGCAGGUGCUUCACCACUUCUGUUUUACCCUCUCAGAAAAGCAGUUCAACCAUCUCCUCAAACUGCAGCGACUUCAUGGCGAGCACUCCAUAGACUGGAAAUAUUUUCUGCAAAAAUUCAACUUGCUCUCAGAGACUGAAAGAGAACAUAGUAAAUUUGCUUGUCGGGAUCUGUCCGAUCAAGAGGUCUUUGUCCGUAUACAAGAAGUAGUUGGUGCUCGCUUGCAAGCCAUUGAACAAGAGUUUAAAAAAGCAGAUUGCACAAGAGCAGGCACUGUAUCCAAAGGUGACUUCAGAGAUAUCUGCAACCAGCAUUUUUUUCUUCUGACCGAUGAGCAGUUUGAGAAUCUCUGGAACACGGUACCUCUUGAUCUUAAUGGAAAAUUGAAAUACCCCAGACUUUUGAGAAAGUUCAGCUCAGAAGGAGCAGAAAUGCCAAAUACACCCAACGCAAACUACCCAGACAGAGCCAGCAAACCUGCUACACCAGCUGAGUCUGGAUCACGGCCACCUUCACGGCCCAAAACAGCAUCUUCCCCAUCAUCUCCAAAGAAAGUCCCAGCAGCCAGUAGGCCUUGUACAGCAGCAGUUCGUACACCACCUAUUCUAAACUGUAAACCAAUUGAAAGCAAAAUCCAAAAGAGAGUUCAACACUGCUGGAGAGAAAUACUGAAGGAAUGUAGAGAGAAGGAUGUCGAUCGCAUGGGAGAAGUCUUAGUAGAAGAUUUUUUAGCUAUACUAGAGAAAUUUCAUUUGAAUUUAACCAAAGAAGAAACUAAGCAACUCAUAACAAAAUAUGACCUUAAGAGUGUUGGCAAAUUUGCCUACUGUGACUUCCUCCAAAGUUGUGUGCUGCUAUUUAAAUAUCAAGACGUGUCUCCUCUACAAAGGAUUGUAAUCCAAAAUCCGCGAGUACAGAAUCCCCGUGGGCCACAAACACCAACCUUUUUCAGCGCAAUGAUGAGGAUUCAGCCCCAGAUUCUGCACUGCUGGAGGCCAAUGAGGCGGACUUUUAAGUGUUAUGAUGAAAGUGGGACUGGACUCCUAAGUAUUCAGGAUUUCAGACAGGUGCUCCGCAAAUAUGGCAUCAACCUAUCUGAAGAGGAGUUCUUUCACAUCUUGGAAUAUUAUGACAAAACAUUAACUUCCAAAAUCUCCUACAAUGAAUUCCUCAAAGCAUUCCUGCAUUAGGGGGGGAAAAGGAUACCAUCUAAUCUUGAAGAAUCAUUAGGCAAGAGAGAUGUGAUUACUGAAAUAGAUGUCCUCAUAUUAAUCUAUUAAACUAUAUAAAUUCAGCAUCUUGGUUAACAGUGUAUCAGGAAUCUUAUAAUUCCAACACAGCGCAAACUAUAGUGGUGUUUGGUGAAGUAAAUCUUCAGUGGGGGGGGGGUCUAUUAAUUUUCUCAUAAUCCAUUUAGCAGGGAAAACUGAAAACAAAGUGACAAUUUUGAGCUGCUUAAUUGGCAUCUCAAAAAGCAAUAGCUUUAUUUUUUUUUCAAUUAAAGAGCAUUAUUAAGAAAAAGAACUUUUAAUUUAGACUUUAAAAGGCACACUGUUCCAUUUUAUUUGCUGCCAUUUUCUA